UAAUUUGUGAAAGUAUUGUAAACGCUUCGUCAGGAGAGGCACAGACAUGCAUCUUACCGGAUCUCACGCAAAAGUAUCAACGAUACAUAGAGACUGAGGUGGUACGACUAUCAGUUAUUAGAGAUAAUAAAGAAAUUUCGGAGAAAGAAAAAGACGAUAUAAUAAAUUCAAUAAAAUUCUCACUUUCUCGAGCAGAAGCAUUUAAAGAUUUGACUCUUGGUCUCUUUGAAAUUUUCGAAAAACUUAUUGAAGAAAGCGAUUCAAUUUCUCAUCCAGAAUUCAACGUAGAAACUUUGAGACUUAUUACAAAUUUCCACCAUAAAGCACUGUCAAUGAAUGACACCGAAUUUCUGCUGCAAAUAUGGGAUCAAUACGUAAACAAAAGCAUUCAUACACAAUAUGAAACAACAGAAGAACAUAGAUCUCAUCACGGAAGCACCCUCGAUUUGUUUAAAGACUUACUACAAGAUGUUGGUGUCGAGGCGGAUCGGUUAGAAGAAAAUAUGCAUCAGCAUAGGUUUCCGGAUGGUUCUAAAGUACAUGGAUCUCUGGAUAUGGUAUUUAAAUUGGAGGAGGAAGACGAUGAAGAAUUUUAUCCUAAAUUUUCACGUGAAGGGUCACACUACCAUAAAUCCGGGAAAGUUAUGAUGCUUGUAGACGGAGAAAAUAAUGAAUACAUUCUCACUAGACCGGAUGAUCUGUCCGCAUUUUAUGAAGACGGUCGUCUUAUACAAGAUUUGAUUUUUAUUAUUAUCGGAGCAUUCCUUUUCGGUUGGAUAUUUAAUAACUUAGGACUACCAGCAUUCUUGGGAUAUAUUAUUGCCGGCUGCAUACUUGGGCCAUCAGGAUAUAACGUCAUUCAGGAACUUAUUCAAACAGAAACACUCGCACAGUUUGGAAUUUUAUUCAUAGUAUUUAUGUUAGGCAUAGAAUUUUCUUUCGAGAAGGUUAAAUCUAUUUGGCGUUUUGCACUGGGUAGUGCCUCCAUGAUAUUUGUAGUGACACUUUUCUUUUUCGUAUCGGUCGGAGCCAUAAUAAAUACUAGCGUUAAUGAAUCUAUUUUUAUUGGUGCAUGCGUAUCUUUUUCAAGCACCGCCGUUGUCGAAAGAUUACAUUCUGUGGAAUUGGAACCUUUAUACG